AUGUGUGAUGGUAAGGGCAGCACAGGUUUGACAGAUACUAACUUGGCCACAGACUCUGAGCCUCCUGGAAUGGACACCAGCUACCAUCACACGGUCAAGGCGGCCUCUGAUAGACCGCCAGGCAGUGAUUUAGAAAAUCCACUGGACAAAGGCGAUGGCGGUGAAAGCAACAAGGGCAAGAAGAGGCGCAACCGCACAACCUUCACAAGCUACCAGCUGGAAGAGCUGGAGAAGGUGUUCCAGAAGACACACUACCCUGAUGUUUACGCACGGGAGCAGCUCGCACUGAGGACCGACCUGACUGAAGCACGUGUUCAGGUGUGGUUUCAGAAUCGAAGGGCAAAAUGGAGGAAGCGGGAGCGUUUUGGUCAGAUGCAGCAGGUCCGAACACAUUUCUCCACAGCCUACGAGCUUCCGCUGCUGGCCCGCCCUGAGAACUACGCACAGAUUCAGAACCCUCCGUGGAUCAGCGGCAGCAGUGCAGCAUCUCCUGUGCCGGGUUGUGUCGUGCCCUGUGACACGGUGACACCCUGUAUGACCCCUCACUCCCACUCAGCCAGCGGGGUGUCAGAUUUCCUGGGGAUGCCAAGCCCCGGAGGCCAUGUGGGACAGGCUCACAUGGGCAACCUGUUUGGAGGAUCUCCAGCCAUCAACACAUACGAUCUCAACAUGGACCCGGACCGCAAGUCUUCCAGCAUUGCAUCGCUGCGCAUGAAGGCCAAAGAGCACAGUGCAGCCAUAUCUUGGGCUACAUGAUGCGUUUGUAUCUGCUGGACUGGGGUAGUUCUUUUCAUCCCUGAAACUUUUAAACAAACCUGACACAGGAAGGCACUCAAGUGUAAAACUUUAAAAGCAACGGUGACUACCUUCUUAAAAUAAUUACGCAGAUGAUUUGGUCAGAUCAGCAACACGGCGCUGCUGUGUUUAGCGGGUGAAAGCAACCGCUGGAGUAGCUCAAAAGCUGCAGCAUAAAAAAAAA